UGUGGGAUUAUUUUUAUGACUUAUGGCGAAUUUCUUUGGUUUCUUUUGGUGUUUUGUUAAUUUACUUUUUAAUGUUUUGAGUAUGUGGCAUGAACUUUUGUGAAAAUGGGUCUCUUUUGUAAAAAAAAAAAAAAAAAGGGUUACUUUUGUGAAAAUAUGGGUCACUUUUGUAAUAAAAAUGGUCACUUUUGUAAAGAAAAUGGUCACUUUUAUAAGGAAAAAGGGUCACUUUUCGCAAAAAUAUUCGAUGUACAAUAAAAUUAUUGUAAAUUGGGGGCAUGCAAAAAGAGUUGUAAUAUUCCUAUAUCCUACUUAUAACUUUAUAAGUGCAAUUUUGGAAUUUAAGUACUACUCGUAUUAUCUUGUCAAAAAAGUACUACUCGUAUUAGGGACUGGGGCCACUGGGCCAGGUGUGCUACUUAAGUCGAAUCUGGAUAUAAUCCAAGCUUAAAAUCUGGGGAAUCGGGUGGAUAUCCAUAAAAAAAAAUAAUAUUAGGGACUGGGAGGAGCCGUGGAGAGCAAGUACUGUCGUAGAGUAGAUGUUUAGAGUGUAGGCUUUGACUUUAGUCACUUUGCUGUCAGAACAUGCUUGAACCCUCUGUUCAUUUAAUUUCAUAAAAAAAAAAAAAAAAAAAAAAAAAAACAUAAAAUAAAAACAAAACGGAGUACAGUAUAUGAAAAGGUGGAGAGAGACUGAGUUAAAAGUGUUUUAAGCUUAUGCUGUUCAUCUUUCAGAAGAAAGCUAGCUUAUGGGAAAUUCACCCAUAGAUGAAGGGGUUGACAGGAUCAGUGGUUUACCAGACAAUAUUCUCGGGCACAUACUCUCUUUUCUUCCAACAAAGAAUGCAGUCGGAACUAGUGUUUUAUCACACAGAUGGAAGUAUCUUUUUACUCUAAUAACCAACUUUGAUUUCGAUGAGAGAGACUUGUUUUCUUCUAGAGGUGGCUUUCGUUCUCAGUAUUCGAAUGGGUCUGGCACAUUCAAGAUUUUGGUGAAUCGAACUCUGAUGCUCUGCAAGGCCACAAAGAUCAACAAAUUUCGCGUUAAAUGUGCUAGGGAUUCUGACUGCUCAAAUGUUAAUAGUUGGAUAGAGUUUGCAUUACUUAGAGGUGUUUCAGAGCUCAGUGUCUCCACACAUCAGUUUGAGUCAAGUGCACUUCCACGACAACUUUUCUUCUGUGAAACACUGGUGGUGCUGAAGUUAAGUGGAAGAUUCGAGAUAAAAUUACAUGAAUCUCACAUUUUGCCUCAUCUGAAGUUCCUGCAACUCAAGUCAAGUUCUGUCAAAUUUGCGGAUAACUGCUCUUUGAACAGGCUGAUUUCUGGCUGUCCAAUGCUGGAGGACAUGGUCCUUAAAGGAAGUUGGGAAGAUUUCUCAACUAUAAACAUUUCAUCUCCUACUCUGAGAAGUUUGACCUUGAAUUUCAGAGAAGUAUUUAUGGAUGGCAAACAUAGAACUAAUGUUGUGCUUGAUCUUCCAAAUCUGCUUCAUUUUAAGUAUGUGGAUUACUUGGCAAUACAUUACAGCAUGAAUUUCAAUUCUCUUGUGGAUGCUCGUAUUGACAUAUCGUUGGACUUAGAAAACUUGUUGGAAGUAUCCGAGGUUUUCUGUGAUUCUAUGAUAGAACUCUUACAUGGAGUCUCUAGUGCUGAGCAUUUAUACCUCGAUGGAAAAUGCAUGGAGGCUCUGAGUUGUGGUGAUCAAUUUAAGCUUCCAACCUUCAAUAGGCUUAUUUGCUUAAUCAUAGAUUGGAUUGGAUAUGCUAACUGGAGACGUGUCCUGCCUGAGUUUCUGCACAGCUCACCCGUGCUUGAUUGUCUUGUCUUUCCCGGGGGACUCCUACAUCGUGCAGAUGAUGAUGACUAUGAUGACAAAUACUUCUGGGGCAGAUUGCGAAAACCACCUCCUUGUCUUUCCACUCACCUCAAGAUUAUUUUCAUAGAUAAAUUUCAUGGCGAGUUUGAUGAAGAGCUGAAGAUAGCAAAGUAUCUUAUACGGAAGGGGAAGGUUCUAACAAAGCUGAUGUUAGGCUUGAGAAUGAAAUCAGAGAAAGGAUGUAAGGAAAUACAGAAGUUGAUGAAGGAAGGUUAGCCUCCGGGGAAUGCUCACUUGUUGUUGUAACAGACGACUAGUCUUUGUAGUUCCUCCAUUGUUGUUGGUUCGUCUUUUUUUUUUUUGUCAACAGCAGCUUCAGUUAGUUACCAAGUGCAGGUGCUAUAAUGAUCUGAUGACUAAUAUUUUGAGUUCUUGCAUCCGAUGCAGGUGAACCUGAGUUUCCAUUAGUAUGGAUGCUUAUUUUGAACUUUAGACAAAUUUGUAUUUCUUAUUGUAUGCUGUUGGUUUUAUGAACUUCUGUGUCUAGCUAGAGGCGAGCCUUAGUCUUUCGAGUCUGCUGCUAACUAAUGAUAUAUUGAUAUGAAUGUCCUAUGACUUUUGACA